GUGUCACUCAGCCACAUGAUAGUCUUGAAAAGCCCACUGCAGACAACUGAGACAGGGCCACUUCAGCUCACCCCGCAGGCAGGUGCGAAGCAGGCUGCCGACUCCCGAGCUCAGACAGUCCCGACGGUAUCCGACCGGGAAUGUUUGCUCCCGGUAGCGAUUUCGGACUUGACCGAAGCUUUCAACUCACCAAACACUUUCAUCGAGACGGACUGCAAACAAAAUGGCAGCGCGAAGCCUGGUGCUCGUCACGGGCAUCAACGGCUACAUCGCGGCACACACGGCAGCGACCUUCCUCAAGGCCGGGUACGCUGUCCGGGGCACCGUCCGCAACAAAAAGACCCCAAACGUUGACUCGCUUGUUCGCACGCUCAAUCAAUACCAUGACGGCAACCGGCUGGAGCUGGUUGAGGUCCCCGACAUCAGCGUUGAUGACGCCUUUGACCGCGCCGUUCAAGGUUGUGUGCAAGCAAUUGCCCACCUCGCCAGCCCCGUUUCCAUGACCGAGACCGACCCGGCCACGAUGAUGCGGGCAGCUGUCCAAGGCACCACGUCCCUUCUGACCUCGGCUCUCGCCGAGUCACAACGGGAACGCGAACCGGGCAGAGGUGCACUCAAGUCGGUCGUCUUCAUGUCCACAAUUAGCGCCAUCUUUUCGCCUUUUCAACCUGCAGGCCACGUCUUCACCGAGACGGAUUGGAACGAUGCCGCGGAGGAGGAAGUGCGCAGGUUGGGCAAGGACACGCCGGGCUAUGUCAUCUACCAAGCCAGCAAGACCGCUGCCGAAAGGGUCUUUUGGAGAGUCAGCAAGGAGAAAAAUACUCGACUUAACUUGACGGCACUCUGCCCUGCCCCCGUCCUGGGACCGCCGCUUUACCUACCGGACCCCAUUUCGAGCCUCAGCAUGCGUGUCAAGGAUAUCUACGACAUGUUCCACGGCGGGCCUAUACCGGAAUUCUCGCCCAUCAGGAGCACCUUUGUCGACGUGCGGGAUGUGGCUGAGUUGGUUCUCAAAGCAGUUGAGAAGGACAAGGAUUCACAGACUCAAGGUUGCCGGGAGCGGUACCUGCUGGUCGGAGAGUCGCCCAUAUCACCUCAACAGAUGGCCGACGUCCUGCGGGUAGAGUUCCCGCAACGGCGUGACAGGAUCCGUGAAGGCAUUCCCGGUCAGACAUACCCCGAUAUGACAUGGAGGUUUGACGCUACAAGGGCAGGAAUGCUGCUCGGCAGGGAUUGGAUCGGCUUGCGGCAAAGUGUGGUGGACAGUGCAAAGGUGUUUCUUGGGGCAGAGACCGUCUGAGCAAUGGCUCUGAUUCUGCAGACGGCCUGCGGUGAAGAUGGGGGAGACGCGGGGAUGAAUACCCUUGGCGCCCGGUGAAAGCAGCCGCAAAGAAAUAAAUUCAUACGGUCUUGAAAUAUUUGUAGGCUAAUGUUCCUGUCCAUUGCUCAUCCACCAGUACCAUCAACACCGUGAGUAGGUACGGUGACCCCAUGAUGUGAACC